UGCAGCAGCCGGGGCUGGCAGCUCCUCCCCGCCCGCCCAGCCCGCCCCCGCCGCCGCACUACCGGAGCUCCGCGGGCUCCAGGCACUCGCUGGCGGGAGCCGGGGCCGAGCGCGCCGGCUAGUGGGGCCUCUUCCCUGCGUCUUCAGGCCGGCCGCCCUCCUCCCGCACGGUGCGGCGCAGGGAGGCCCCGCGCCUCGGCCGCCCCCGCUUGCCCGCCUCCGCCGCGUUGCAGGGGGACCGCCGGGCUCACCGCACCAGCAGCGCGGCCCCGGGGCGCCUCCGGCUCCUGGCUGUGGCCGCCGCAGGGGCAGCGACCUGAGCAGCAGCCGCCGGAAUCCCUAGAGCAUCCCGGGUAGCAGUGACUAGAGCGCCCAGAGAAGCCGCAGAAGCAGUAGCAGCAGCGUGAGUGGCCGCUGUCGCCCGGGCUCCGCAGGGCUCCGUAGCCGGCCCGGCCAGGAGCGCGGAGCCAUGGCUGAUGCGGGUGAAGGCGAGGACGAGAUCCAGUUCUUGAGAACUGAUGAUGAGGUAGUUCUGCAGUGCACAGCGACAGUCCACAAAGAGCAGCAGAAGCUAUGCUUGGCAGCAGAAGGAUUUGGCAACAGACUUUGUUUUUUGGAAUCUACAUCCAAUUCCAAGAAUGUCCCCCCGGACCUGUCCAUCUGCACCUUUGUGCUGGAGCAGUCCUUGUCAGUACGUGCCCUGCAGGAGAUGCUGGCCAACACAAUGGAAAAGUCAGAAGGGCAGGUUGAUGUGGAAAAAUGGAAGUUCAUGAUGAAGACUGCUCAAGGUGGAGGCCACCGGACACUCCUCUACGGACAUGCCAUAUUGCUACGCCAUUCCUACAGUGGUAUGUAUCUGUGCUGUCUCUCCACCUCCCGGUCUUCCACUGACAAACUGGCCUUUGAUGUUGGUCUUCAAGAAGACACUACAGGGGAGGCUUGCUGGUGGACCAUACAUCCUGCCUCUAAGCAGAGAUCAGAAGGAGAAAAGGUGCGGGUUGGAGAUGACCUCAUCUUGGUCAGUGUGUCUUCUGAAAGAUACUUGCACUUGUCAUAUGGCAACAGCAGCUGGCAUGUGGACGCUGCCUUCCAGCAGACCCUCUGGAGCGUGGCCCCUAUCAGCUCCGGAAGUGAAGCAGCCCAAGGGUAUCUCAUCGGUGGUGAUGUUCUCCGGCUACUACAUGGACAUAUGGAUGAGUGUCUCACUGUCCCCUCAGGAGAACAUGGCGAAGAACAGCGGAGAACAGUCCAUUAUGAAGGUGGUGCUGUAUCAGUUCAUGCACGCUCCCUCUGGAGACUAGAGACCCUAAGAGUCGCGUGGAGUGGAAGUCACAUAAGAUGGGGCCAGCCAUUCCGACUCCGGCAUGUAACAACAGGAAAAUACUUAAGCCUUAUGGAAGACAAGAACCUUCUCCUCAUGGACAAAGAAAAAGCUGAUGUCAAAUCAACGGCGUUUGCCUUCCGGUCUUCCAAGGAAAAAUUGGAUGUAGGGGUGAGAAAAGAAGUUGAUGGCAUGGGAACCUCAGAAAUCAAGUACGGAGACUCCAUUUGCUAUAUACAACAUGUGGAUACAGGCCUGUGGUUAACCUACCAGUCUGUGGAUGUGAAAUCAGCACGAAUGGGAUCCAUUCAGCGUAAGGCGAUUAUGCAUCAUGAAGGCCACAUGGAUGAUGGCUUGAACAUAUCUAGAUCUCAGCAUGAAGAAUCCCGCACGGCCCGUGUUAUCCGGAGCACAGUGUUUCUCUUCAAUAGAUUCAUAAGGGGCCUGGAUGCUCUCAGCAAGAAAGCAAAGGUGCCUACCAUUGACUUGCCCAUUGAGUCUGUGAGCCUGAGUUUGCAGGACCUCAUCGGCUACUUCCAUCCCCCUGAUGAGCACUUGGAACACGAGGACAAGCAGAACAGGCUGCGAGCCCUGAAGAACAGGCAGAAUCUCUUCCAGGAAGAGGGAAUGAUCAACUUGGUUCUGGAGUGCAUUGACCGCCUGCAUGUCUACAGCAGUGCAGCCCACUUUGCAGAUGUUGCGGGGCGAGAAGCAGGGGAGUCUUGGAAAUCCAUUCUGAAUUCUCUGUAUGAGUUGCUGGCGGCUCUAAUUAGAGGAAAUCGUAAAAACUGUGCUCAAUUUUCUGGUUCCCUCGACUGGCUGAUCAGCAGACUGGAAAGACUGGAAGCGUCCUCUGGCAUUCUGGAGGUCCUCCACUGUGUGUUAGUGGAGAGCCCAGAAGCUCUGAAUAUCAUCAAAGAAGGACAUAUCAAAUCCAUCAUCUCACUUUUAGACAAGCAUGGAAGAAACCACAAGGUCCUGGAUGUGUUGUGCUCUCUCUGUGUUUGCCAUGGAGUUGCUGUCCGUUCUAACCAGCAUCUCAUUUGCGACAAUCUUCUGCCAGGACGAGAUCUCUUACUACAGACCCGUCUUGUGAAUCAUGUCAGUAGCAUGAGACCUAAUAUCUUCCUGGGUGUCAGCGAAGGGUCUGCACAGUAUAAGAAGUGGUACUACGAGCUCAUGGUGGACCAUACAGAACCCUUUGUGACAGCAGAGGCUACUCACCUACGAGUGGGCUGGGCUUCCACUGAAGGCUAUUCCCCGUACCCCGGUGGGGGCGAAGAGUGGGGUGGCAAUGGCGUUGGUGAUGACCUCUUCUCCUAUGGGUUCGAUGGCCUUCACCUCUGGUCAGGUUGUAUCGCUCGAACUGUGAGCUCACCCAACCAGCACUUGUUGAGAACUGAUGAUGUUAUCAGUUGCUGUUUAGAUCUAAGUGCCCCAAGCAUCUCGUUCCGAAUUAACGGACAACCAGUUCAAGGAAUGUUUGAGAACUUCAACAUCGAUGGCCUGUUCUUUCCAGUUGUCAGUUUCUCUGCAGGAAUAAAGGUUCGCUUUUUGCUUGGGGGGAGACAUGGAGAAUUCAAGUUCCUUCCUCCACCGGGUUAUGCAGCUUGCUAUGAAGCGGUUCUGCCAAAAGAGAAAUUGAAAGUAGAACACAGUCGAGAAUAUAAGCAGGAGAGGACAUACACUCGAGAUUUGCUGGGGCCCACUGUGUCCCUGACCCAAGCUGCCUUCACACCCGUUCCUGUGGACACCAGCCAGAUUGUGUUGCCUCCUCACCUGGAAAGGAUAAGAGAAAAACUGGCAGAGAAUAUCCACGAGCUCUGGGUUAUGAAUAAAAUUGAGCUUGGCUGGCAGUAUGGUCCGGUUAGAGAUGACAACAAGAGACAGCACCCAUGUCUGGUGGAGUUCUGCAAACUGCCAGAACAGGAGCGCAACUACAACUUGCAAAUGUCGCUUGAAACUCUCAAGACUUUGCUGGCAUUAGGAUGUCACGUGGGUAUAGCAGAUGAACACGCUGAGGAGAAAGUGAAGAAAAUGAAGCUUCCCAAGAAUUACCAGCUGACCAGUGGAUACAAACCUGCCCCAAUGGAUCUGAGCUUUAUAAAACUCACCCCCUCUCAGGAAGCAAUGGUGGACAAGUUGGCCGAAAAUGCUCACAAUGUAUGGGCCCGGGACCGAAUCCGGCAGGGUUGGACUUACGGCAUCCAGCAGGACGUGAAGAACAGAAGAAACCCUCGCCUCGUUCCCUACACUCUUCUGGAUGACAGAACCAAGAAGUCAAACAAAGACAGUCUCCGAGAGGCAGUUCGCACACUGUUGGGCUAUGGCUACCACCUGGAAGCUCCGGAUCAGGAUCACGCCGCGAGAGCCGAGGUGUGCAGCGGCACUGGGGAGAGGUUUCGUAUCUUCAGGGCAGAGAAGACCUACGCGGUGAAGGCUGGUCGCUGGUACUUUGAAUUCGAGGCGGUUACUGCUGGAGACAUGCGGGUGGGCUGGAGCAGGCCAGGCUGCCAACCGGAUCUAGAGCUGGGUUCUGAUGAACGUGCCUUUGCUUUUGAUGGUUUUAAGGCCCAGCGCUGGCACCAGGGCAAUGAACAUUAUGGACGCUCUUGGCAAGCAGGUGAUGUCGUGGGCUGCAUGGUUGACAUGAACGAGCAUACCAUGAUGUUCACUCUGAAUGGUGAGAUCCUGCUGGAUGACUCAGGCUCCGAGCUGGCUUUCAAGGACUUCGAUGUUGGUGAUGGCUUCAUCCCUGUGUGUAGCCUAGGGGUGGCACAAGUUGGCAGGAUGAACUUUGGAAAGGACGUCAGCACUUUGAAAUAUUUCACCAUCUGUGGCUUACAAGAAGGCUAUGAGCCAUUUGCUGUUAACACAAACAGGGACAUCACCAUGUGGCUGAGCAAGCGGCUUCCUCAGUUCCUCCAGGUUCCAUCAAACCAUGAACACAUCGAGGUAACAAGAAUAGAUGGUACCAUUGACAGUUCUCCAUGUCUGAAGGUCACUCAGAAGUCCUUUGGUUCUCAGAACAGCAACACUGACAUCAUGUUUUACCGCCUGAGCAUGCCCAUUGAGUGUGCGGAAGUCUUCUCAAAGACAGUAGCAGGAGGGCUCCCUGGUGCAGGCCUCUAUGGGCCCAAGAAUGAUCUAGAGGAUUAUGACGUGGACUCUGAUUUUGAGGUUCUGAUGAAGACAGCUCAUGGUCAUCUGGUGCCUGAUCGCAUUGACAAAGACAAAGAAACCCCAAAGCCAGAGUUCAAUAACCACAAAGAUUAUGCUCAGGAAAAGCCUUCACGCCUAAAGCAAAGAUUCUUACUUAGAAGGACUAAGCCAGAUUACAGCACAAGCCAUUCUGCAAGACUCACUGAAGAUGUCCUUGCUGAUGACCGGGAUGACUAUGAGUACCUGAUGCAGACAUCCACGUACUAUUACUCAGUAAGGAUCUUUCCUGGACAAGAACCUGCUAAUGUCUGGGUGGGCUGGAUUACAUCUGACUUCCACCAGUACGACACAGGCUUUGAUUUGGACAGAGUGCGCACAGUGACUGUCACUCUAGGAGAUGAAAAAGGAAAAGUACACGAGAGCUUUGCCCUUGACUCGCUGUGUGGCCUCGGCAUCAAACGCAGCAACUGCUAUAUGGUAUGUGCAGGAGAGAGCAUGAGUCCUGGACAAGGGCGAAACAACAGCAAUGGUCUGGAGAUCGGCUGUGUGGUGGAUGCUGCCAGUGGGCUGCUCACGUUCAUUGCCAAUGGCAAGGAGCUAAGUACUUACUAUCAGGUGGAGCCAAGUACAAAAUUAUUUCCUGCAGUUUUCGCACAAGCUACAAGUCCCAAUGUUUUCCAGUUUGAGUUGGGCAGAAUAAAGAAUGUGAUGCCUCUCUCAGCGGGAUUGUUUAAAAGUGAGCACAAAAACCCGGUACCCCAGUGUCCUCCACGUCUGCAUGUGCAGUUCCUGUCACAUGUCCUGUGGAGCCGGAUGCCCAACCAGUUCUUGAAGGUGGAUGUCUCUCGAAUCAGUGAACGCCAAGGCUGGCUGGUGCAGUGUCUUGAUCCUCUGCAGUUCAUGUCCCUCCACAUCCCUGAGGAGAACAGAUCUGUUGAUAUCUUAGAGCUGACAGAGCAGGAUGAGUUGCUACAGUUUCACUAUCACACCCUCCGCCUCUACUCUGCUGUCUGUGCCCUUGGGAAUCACCGGGUGGCCCAUGCACUGUGCAGCCACGUGGACGAACCUCAGCUGCUCUAUGCCAUUGAGAACAAGUACAUGCCUGGCUUGCUGCGCGCUGGCUAUUAUGACCUCCUGAUCGACAUCCACCUUAGCUCCUAUGCCACUGCCAGGCUCAUGAUGAACAAUGAGUUCAUUGUCCCUAUGACAGAGGAGACAAAGAGCAUCACCCUCUUCCCCAAUGAGAACAAGAAACAUGGUCUCCCAGGCAUUGGCCUCAGCACCUCCCUCCGGCCUCGGAUGCAGUUUUCCUCCCCUAGUUUUGUGAGCAUUAGCAAUGAAUGUUAUCAAUAUAGUCCUGAGUUUCCACUGGAUAUCCUCAAGGCCAAGACCAUCCAGAUGCUCACAGAAGCAGUGAAGGAGGGCAGCCUCCAUGCACGGGACCCUGUAGGUGGGACCACAGAGUUCCUCUUUGUACCUCUCAUCAAACUCUUCUACACCCUGCUCAUCAUGGGUGUCUUUCACAACGAGGAUUUGAAACACAUCCUACAGUUGAUUGAGCCCAGUGUGUUUAAGGAAGCUGCCACUCCAGAGGAGGAAGGAGGAGCCUCAGAGAAGGAGAUCAGUGCAGAAGACUCUAAGCUGGAAGGAAUAUGCGAAGAGGAAGCCAAAGGGGGCAAAAGGCCCAAGGAAGGCCUGCUCCAGAUGAAACUCCCUGAGCCAGUUAAACUACAGAUGUGCCUCUUGCUUCAGUAUCUCUGUGACUGCCAGGUUCGGCACCGGAUAGAAGCCAUUGUAGCCUUUUCAGAUGACUUUGUAGCUAAGCUCCAAGACAAUCAGCGGUUCAGAUAUAAUGAAGUUAUGCAAGCCUUAAACAUGUCUGCCGCACUCACUGCCCGGAAAACGAAGGAGUUCCGGUCACCACCACAAGAGCAGAUUAACAUGCUUCUCAAUUUUAAGGAUGACAAAAGUGAAUGUCCCUGUCCUGAGGAAAUCCGAGACCAACUCCUGGACUUCCAUGAGGACCUGAUGACUCACUGUGGAAUUGAGCUGGAUGAAGAUGGAUCCCUGGAUGGAAGCAAUGACUUGACAAUCAGAGGACGUUUGAUGUCCCUGGUAGAAAAGGUGACCUACCUCAAGAAGAAACAAACUGAAAAACCAGUUGCAAGUGACUCCAGAAAGUCCUCCAGUCUCCAGCAAUUGAUUUCCGAGACUAUGGUGCGGUGGGCUCAAGAGUCUGUCAUUGAGGACCCUGAGCUGGUGAGGGCCAUGUUUGUGUUGCUGCAUCGACAGUAUGAUGGCAUUGGGGGUCUAGUCCGGGCACUGCCAAAGACCUACACUAUCAAUGGCGUCUCUGUGGAGGAUACCAUCAACCUGCUUGCAUCGCUUGGUCAGAUCCGAUCCCUGCUGAGUGUGAGGAUGGGCAAAGAGGAAGAGAAGCUAAUGAUUCGCGGAUUGGGGGAUAUCAUGAAUAACAAAGUGUUUUACCAGCACCCCAAUCUCAUGAGGGCUCUUGGAAUGCAUGAAACAGUGAUGGAAGUCAUGGUGAAUGUCCUUGGAGGUGGGGAGUCUAAGGAAAUCACCUUCCCCAAGAUGGUGGCCAACUGUUGCCGUUUUCUCUGUUACUUCUGUCGUAUAAGUAGGCAGAAUCAGAAAGCCAUGUUUGACCAUCUCAGUUAUUUACUGGAAAACAGCAGUGUUGGUCUUGCUUCACCAGCCAUGAGAGGUUCAACCCCCCUGGAUGUGGCUGCAGCUUCAGUCAUGGACAACAAUGAACUUGCCCUCGCUCUGCGGGAGCCAGAUCUGGAGAAGGUAGUUCGCUAUCUGGCUGGCUGUGGGCUGCAGAGCUGUCAGAUGUUGGUGUCUAAGGGUUACCCAGACAUUGGGUGGAAUCCAGUUGAAGGAGAGAGAUACCUCGACUUUCUCAGAUUUGCUGUUUUCUGUAACGGGGAGAGUGUGGAAGAGAAUGCAAAUGUUGUGGUGAGGUUGCUCAUCCGGAGGCCCGAGUGCUUUGGUCCUGCCUUGAGAGGGGAAGGUGGCAAUGGCCUCCUUGCAGCCAUGGAAGAAGCCAUAAAAAUAGCUGAGGAUCCUUCUAGAGAUGGCCCCUCCCCAACCAGUGGAUCCAGCAAAACCCUUGAUACAGAAGAGGAGGAAGAUGACGCCAUCCACAUGGGGAAUGCAAUCAUGACCUUCUAUGCAGCUUUGAUUGACUUGCUGGGUCGCUGCGCUCCUGAAAUGCACUUGAUUCAUGCUGGAAAGGGAGAAGCCAUCCGAAUCAGGUCUAUUUUGCGAUCCCUUAUUCCACUGGGAGACUUGGUGGGUGUAAUCAGCAUUGCAUUUCAAAUGCCAACAAUAGCCAAAGAUGGGAAGGUGGUGGAGCCUGACAUGUCCGCGGGGUUUUGCCCAGAUCACAAGGCAGCCAUGGUUUUGUUCCUUGACAGGGUCUAUGGAAUUGAGGUGCAAGAUUUCCUCCUCCAUCUCCUUGAGGUUGGCUUUCUGCCUGAUCUCCGAGCUGCUGCCUCUCUAGACACGGCUGCACUAAGUGCUACAGAUAUGGCCUUGGCCCUCAAUCGAUACCUUUGCACAGCUGUCCUGCCUUUGUUAACAAGAUGUGCUCCCCUGUUUGCUGGAACAGAGCAUCAUGCUUCCCUCAUUGACUCUCUACUGCAUACUGUAUAUAGACUGUCUAAGGGAUGCUCCCUCACCAAAGCUCAGCGGGAUUCCAUAGAAGUGUGCCUGCUCUCUAUAUGUGGCCAACUGCGACCUUCUAUGAUGCAACAUCUACUCAGAAGGCUGGUAUUUGAUGUUCCACUGUUGAAUGAACAUGCAAAGAUGCCUCUUAAGCUUCUGACAAAUCAUUAUGAAAGAUGCUGGAAAUAUUACUGCCUCCCUGGAGGGUGGGGCAACUUUGGUGCUGCCUCAGAAGAAGAACUUCAUUUAUCAAGAAAGUUAUUUUGGGGCAUUUUUGAUGCUUUGUCUCAAAAGAAAUAUGAACAAGAACUUUUCAAACUGGCCCUGCCUUGCCUGAGUGCAGUUGCGGGAGCUUUACCUCCAGACUACAUGGAGUCAAACUAUGUCAGUAUGAUGGAAAAACAGUCAUCCAUGGAUUCUGAAGGGAACUUUAACCCACAACCUGUUGAUACCUCAAACAUUACAAUUCCUGAGAAGUUGGAAUACUUCAUUAACAAAUAUGCAGAACAUUCCCAUGAUAAAUGGUCCAUGGACAAGUUGGCGAAUGGAUGGAUUUAUGGGGAAAUAUAUUCAGAUUCUUCUAAGGUCCAGCCACUAAUGAAGCCAUAUAAACUGUUGUCUGAAAAGGAAAAGGAAAUUUAUCGCUGGCCUAUCAAGGAAUCUUUAAAAACAAUGCUGGCUUGGGGUUGGAGAAUUGAGAGAACACGGGAGGGAGACAGUAUGGCUCUUUAUAACCGGACUCGACGCAUUUCUCAGACAAGCCAGGUGUCUAUAGAUGCUGCACAUGGGUAUAGCCCUCGUGCUAUUGACAUGAGCAACGUUACACUGUCUCGAGACCUGCAUGCUAUGGCAGAAAUGAUGGCUGAAAACUACCACAACAUAUGGGCCAAGAAAAAGAAAAUGGAGCUGGAAUCCAAAGGAGGAGGAAACCACCCUCUGCUGGUACCCUAUGACACACUGACAGCCAAAGAGAAAGCCAAGGACAGAGAGAAGGCCCAGGAUAUCUUCAAGUUUCUACAGAUCAGUGGUUAUGCUGUAUCCAGAGGGUUCAAGGAUCUGGAUCUGGACACACCUUCCAUUGAGAAGCGAUUUGCCUAUAGUUUCCUGCAGCAGCUCAUCCGCUAUGUGGACGAGGCUCAUCAGUACAUCUUGGAGUUUGAUGGCGGCAGCAGAAGCAAAGGAGAACAUUUCCCAUAUGAGCAAGAAAUCAAGUUCUUUGCCAAAGUUGUCCUUCCUUUAAUUGAUCAGUAUUUCAAAAACCACCGUCUGUACUUCUUGUCUGCUGCAAGCAGGCCUCUCUGCACUGGAGGACACGCAUCCAACAAAGAGAAGGAGAUGGUGACGAGCCUGUUCUGCAAACUUGGAGUUCUUGUCAGGCAUAGGAUUUCACUGUUUGGGAAUGAUGCUACUUCAAUUGUGAACUGUCUUCAUAUUCUGGGUCAGACGUUGGAUGCAAGGACUGUGAUGAAAACGGGCCUGGACAGUGUGAAAAGUGCUCUCAGGGCCUUUCUGGACAAUGCAGCAGAGGAUCUGGAAAAGACAAUGGAAAAUCUUAAGCAGGGCCAGUUUACUCACACCCGGAGCCAGCCCAAAGGGGUGACUCAGAUCAUCAACUAUACCACCGUGGCACUGUUGCCCAUGCUCUCAUCCCUGUUUGAACACAUUGGCCAGCAUCAGUUUGGAGAAGAUCUGAUAUUGGAGGAUGUGCAGGUGUCUUGUUACAGAAUUCUGACCAGCUUGUAUGCCUUGGGAACCAGCAAGAGCAUCUACGUUGAAAGGCAACGAUCUGCACUCGGAGAAUGCCUAGCUGCCUUUGCUGGUGCCUUCCCUAUAGCCUUUUUGGAAACCCACCUGGACAAACAUAACAUUUACUCCAUCUACAACACCAGAUCUUCACGGGAGAGAGCAGCUCUCAAUUUACCAGCAAAUGUGGAGGAUGUCUGUCCAAAUAUACCAUCCUUGGAGAAGCUCAUGGCUGAGAUUAUAGAGCUGGCAGAGUCAGGUAUCCGCUACACUCAGAUGCCACACAUGAUGGAGGUUGUACUGCCCAUGCUAUGCAGCUACAUGUCACGAUGGUGGGAACAUGGUCCUGAGAACCACCCAGAAAGAGCUGAGAUGUGCUGCACAGCUCUCAACUCAGAGCACAUGAACACACUGCUGGGUAACAUUCUCAAAAUCAUCUACAACAACCUGGGAAUUGAUGAAGGAGCCUGGAUGAAACGUUUAGCAGUGUUUUCACAGCCUAUCAUCAACAAGGUGAAGCCUCAGCUCUUGAAAACUCAUUUCUUGCCCUUGAUGGAGAAGCUAAAGAAAAAGGCUGCCAUGGUAGUGUCUGAGGAAGACCACCUGAAAGCUGAGGCCAGAGGGGACAUGUCCGAGGCUGAGCUGCUAAUUUUAGAUGAGUUCACCACACUAGCAAGGGAUCUCUAUGCUUUCUACCCACUCUUGAUCCGAUUUGUGGACUAUAACAGGGCAAAGUGGCUUAAAGAGCCCAACCCAGAAGCAGAGGAGCUGUUUCGCAUGGUGGCUGAAGUCUUCAUCUUCUGGUCCAAAUCCCAUAAUUUCAAAAGAGAAGAACAGAAUUUUGUGGUGCAGAAUGAAAUCAACAACAUGUCCUUCCUCAUCACUGACACCAAAUCCAAGAUGUCCAAGGCAGCCGUUUCUGACCAAGAGAGGAAGAAAAUGAAGCGCAAAGGGGACCGGUAUUCCAUGCAGACAUCUCUGAUUGUGGCAGCUCUGAAGCGACUACUGCCCAUUGGGCUGAACAUCUGUGCCCCAGGAGACCAGGAGCUCAUUGCUCUGGCCAAAAAUCGAUUUAGCUUGAAAGACACUGAGGAGGAAGUACGAGAUAUAAUCCGCAGUAAUAUACACUUACAAGGCAAGUUGGAAGAUCCUGCAAUCAGGUGGCAAAUGGCUCUCUAUAAAGAUUUGCCAAACAGGACAGAAGAUACCUCAGACCCAGAGAGGACAGUGGAACGUGUCCUAGAUAUAGCAAAUGUACUUUUCCAUCUUGAGCAGGUGGAACAUCCUCAGAGAUCAAAGAAGGCUGUGUGGCACAAACUACUUUCUAAGCAGAGAAAAAGAGCCGUGGUUGCCUGCUUCCGGAUGGCCCCCUUGUAUAAUCUGCCAAGGCAUCGAGCUGUCAAUCUUUUCCUUCAGGGAUAUGAAAAGUCUUGGAUUGAAACGGAGGAGCAUUACUUUGAGGAUAAAUUGAUUGAAGAUUUAGCAAAACCAGGUGCUGAACCUCCAGAAGAAGAUGAAGCCAUGAAAAGAGUUGAUCCUCUACAUCAGCUCAUUCUUCUAUUCAGCCGCACGGCCUUAACAGAGAAAUGCAAACUGGAGGAAGACUUUCUAUAUAUGGCAUAUGCGGAUAUUAUGGCAAAGAGUUGUCACGAUGAGGAGGAUGAUGAUGGUGAAGAAGAAGUGAAGAGCUUUGAAGUCACAGGAUCCCAACGCAGCAAGCACGAUAUUAUCAAAGAUUUAAGAAACAAAUUUGCCAGCCUCGGCGAGAACUCUCUGGAAAAAGAAAUGGAGAAGCAGAAACUUCUCUACCAGCAAGCCAGACUGCAUGACCGUGGGGCAGCGGAGAUGGUGCUUCAGACCAUCAGUGCCAGCAAAGGUGAAACUGGACCAAUGGUGGCUGCUACUUUGAAGCUGGGCAUUGCUAUUUUAAAUGGUGGGAACUCCACAGUACAGCAGAAGAUGCUGGACUACCUGAAGGAGAAGAAAGAUGUAGGCUUCUUCCAGAGCCUGGCGGGCCUUAUGCAGUCUUGUAGUGUCCUUGACCUGAAUGCCUUUGAGAGGCAAAACAAAGCUGAAGGACUUGGGAUGGUGACUGAAGAAGGAUCAGCCUCUCACUUUGAAAGUCACAGACUACGGACUGGAGAGAAGGUACUGCAGGAUGACGAGUUUACCUGUGACCUCUUCCGAUUCCUGCAGCUGCUUUGUGAGGGACACAACUCAGAUUUUCAAAAUUACCUGAGAACUCAGACUGGCAACAAUACAACUGUCAAUAUCAUCAUCUCUACGGUGGACUACCUCCUCCGAGUGCAGGAGUCCAUUAGUGAUUUCUAUUGGUACUACUCUGGGAAAGACAUCAUAGACGAGCAGGGCCAACGCAAUUUCUCCAAAGCCAUCCAAGUGGCAAAGCAGGUGUUCAACACUCUCACAGAGUACAUCCAGGGUCCUUGUACUGGAAACCAGCAGAGCUUGGCACACAGCAGGCUGUGGGAUGCUGUUGUGGGCUUCCUGCAUGUAUUUGCUCACAUGCAGAUGAAGUUGUCUCAGGAUUCCAGCCAAAUCGAGCUCUUGAAAGAACUAAUGGAUCUCCAGAAGGACAUGGUGGUCAUGCUGCUGUCCAUGCUAGAAGGUAACGUUGUGAACGGAACAAUAGGCAAACAGAUGGUGGACAUGCUUGUGGAGUCCUCAUCCAACAAUGUGGAGAUGAUCCUCAAGUUCUUUGAUAUGUUUUUGAAACUGAAGGACUUGACGUCCUCUGACACAUUUAAGGAGUAUGACCCUGAUGGCAAAGGGGUCAUUUCCAAGAGAGACUUCCACAAAGCUAUGGAGAGCCAUAAGCACUACACCCAGUCAGAGACCGAGUUUCUGCUGUCCUGUGCAGAGACAGAUGAAAAUGAGACUCUGGACUAUGAAGAGUUUGUCAAAAGGUUUCAUGAGCCUGCAAAGGACAUUGGCUUCAAUGUUGCUGUCCUGUUGACCAACCUCUCGGAGCACAUGCCCAAUGACACGAGACUGCAGACCUUCUUGGAGUUAGCAGAGAGUGUCCUCAACUACUUCCAACCAUUCCUGGGUCGCAUUGAGAUCAUGGGCAGUGCCAAGCGUAUUGAGAGGGUCUAUUUUGAGAUCAGCGAGUCCAGCCGAACUCAGUGGGAGAAGCCACAGGUCAAGGAGUCCAAAAGGCAGUUCAUAUUCGAUGUGGUCAAUGAGGGCGGGGAGAAAGAGAAGAUGGAGCUGUUUGUGAACUUCUGUGAGGACACCAUCUUUGAGAUGCAGCUGGCAGCUCAGAUCUCAGAGUCUGAUCUAAAUGAGAGGUCAGCAAAUAAAGAAGAGAGUGAGAAGGAGAGGCCUGAAGAGCAGGGCCCACGGAUGGGCUUUUUCUCCCUCCUCACCAUCCAGUCCGCCCUGUUGGCUCUCAGGUACAAUGUCCUAACCCUCGUUAGGAUGCUCAGCCUGAAGAGCCUAAAGAAGCAGAUGAAGAGAAUGAAAAAGAUGACAGUGAAGGACAUGGUCACAGCCUUCUUCUCAUCCUAUUGGAGUGUGUUCGUGACCCUCCUACACUUCGUGGCCAGUGUCUGCAGGGGCUUUUUUCGCAUUGUUUCCAGCCUGCUGCUUGGGGGCAGCCUGGUGGAAGGUGCUAAGAAAAUCAAAGUGGCAGAGCUUCUAGCCAACAUGCCAGACCCCACUCAGGAUGAGGUGCGAGGAGAUGAAGAAGAGGGAGAGAGGAAGUCUUUAGAGUCAGCACUGCCCUCUGAAGACCUGACGGACUUAAAGGAACUGGCAGAGGAAAAUGACCUUCUUUCAGACAUAUUUGGCUUAGAUCUGAAGAGGGAAGGAGGGCAGUACAAACUAAUUCCUCACAAUCCAAACGCCGGCCUCAGUGACCUUAUGACCAACCCCAUCCCUGUCCCUGAGGUACAAGAAAAGUUACAGGAGCAGAAGGCAAAAGAAGAGAAAGAAGAAAAAGAAGAAACCAAGUCUGAACCUGAGAAGGCUGAAGGGGAAGAUGGAGAAAAAGAAGAAAAAGCCAAAGAUGAUAAAGGCAAACAGAAGUUGAGGCAGCUUCACACACAUCGAUACGGGGAACCCGAGGUGCCAGAGUCAGCGUUCUGGAAGAAAAUCAUAGCCUAUCAGCAGAAGCUGCUGAACUAUUUUGCUCGCAACUUUUACAACAUGAGAAUGCUGGCCCUGUUUGUUGCCUUCGCUAUCAAUUUCAUCCUGCUCUUCUACAAGGUCUCCACUUCUUCUGUGGUUGAAGGAAAGGAGCUGCCUGCCAGAAGCUCCAGCGACACUGCCAAAGUGACCACCAGCCUGGACAGCAGCCCACACAGAAUCAUUGCAGUGCACUAUGUCCUUGAAGAGAGUAGUGGCUACAUGGAACCCACCCUGCGCAUCUUAGCCAUCUUGCACACUGUCAUCUCUUUCUUUUGCAUCAUUGGAUACUACUGCUUGAAAGUCCCGUUGGUUAUUUUUAAGCGAGAGAAGGAAGUGGCACGGAAAUUGGAGUUUGAUGGGCUUUACAUUACAGAGCAGCCGUCGGAAGACGAUAUUAAAGGCCAGUGGGACAGACUGGUGAUCAACACACAGUCAUUUCCUAAUAAUUAUUGGGAUAAAUUUGUUAAAAGAAAGGUAAUGGAUAAAUAUGGAGAGUUUUAUGGACGAGACAGAAUCAGUGAGUUAUUGGGCAUGGAUAAGGCUGCACUUGAUUUCAGCGAUGCAAGAGAGAAGAAGAAGCCCAAGAAAGACAGCUCCUUGUCCGCUGUAUUGAACUCUAUUGAUGUGAAGUACCAGAUGUGGAAACUCGGAGUUGUGUUCACAGACAAUUCCUUCCUGUACCUAGCCUGGUAUAUGACCAUGUCUGUUCUUGGACACUAUAACAACUUUUUUUUUGCUGCUCACCUCCUUGACAUUGCGAUGGGAUUCAAGACCUUGAGAACCAUCCUGUCCUCAGUCACCCACAAUGGCAAACAGCUCGUGUUAACUGUGGGCUUAUUAGCUGUUGUUGUGUACCUGUACACUGUUGUGGCAUUCAAUUUCUUCCGAAAAUUCUAUAAUAAGAGCGAAGAUGGUGAUACUCCAGACAUGAAAUGUGAUGACAUGCUGACGUGUUACAUGUUCCACAUGUAUGUGGGCGUCCGUGCUGGAGGGGGCAUUGGUGAUGAAAUUGAAGACCCAGCAGGAGAUGAGUAUGAGAUCUACCGAAUCAUCUUUGACAUCACAUUCUUCUUCUUUGUGAUUGUCAUCCUUUUGGCCAUCAUACAAGGUUUGAUCAUUGAUGCUUUUGGGGAGCUUCGAGACCAACAGGAGCAAGUGAAGGAAGACAUGGAGACCAAGUGCUUCAUCUGUGGGAUAGGCAAUGACUACUUUGAUACAGUGCCGCAUGGCUUCGAAACACAUACUCUACAGGAACACAACCUGGCCAACUACCUGUUUUUUCUGAUGUAUCUCAUAAACAAGGAUGAAACAGAACACACAGGACAGGAAUCUUAUGUCUGGAAGAUGUAUCAAGAGAGGUGUUGGGAGUUUUUCCCAGCAGGAGACUGUUUCCGGAAACAGUAUGAAGACCAGUUAAAUUAAUAUCAUACCUGGGUUGUCUCUGAAAACCAAAAGCAAUCUCUCUCCCUCUCUCUGUCUCUCCCUCUCUCUCCUCUCUGAUCCCUUGGAACACCUGCUCAUAUUUUCCACUAGCCAGCAUCCUAUGCUGAGAGCACUGAUGCUCAGUCUCAGAGGACCUGACUGUUGUCCCCCAGCCUCAUAUGUUUUCAUUGAGAAAUAAAGACUGAAGAACAAUCCAAAUCCACAUUCAGCCUAAACAGGAACCCUGGAAAGAAAUCCAUUGUGGACACUCUACCAUACCACCCAUGGACAGCUUCCCCUGAGGGUCAUGGAGUCUCCAGGAGCUGCCAGACCUGCGCAGCCAAGCAUGGCAGCCACACUCACCCGGGCUCUUUAUUUCGCCAUCCCAGAAGGAAGUGUCUGAGGGUCAUAGAGCAUUGUAGCACUUAACAGGUUACCAUGGACACCAGUUGCAAAGGGAAAUAGUGCCUUACUAUAAGUGGGUUGAGCUAUGCAGAAGAUAAUGUGCAUGACAAACACCUUUAUUUUCUUUAUGUCAACCUUUUUUUUUUCUUUUUUAGCUAGGUU